AUGACUAAAGCUAAGCCCACUGCUGAAAAGAGAGUCGCUGAGGCUCAGGGUGGUAGUCCCUCUAAAAGGACUCGUUCAAACGAUGUCGGGGCCAACGAGACGGACAGUAAUAGUACUUUGUCCAACGUCUCCACACUCUCCGAUGAAACUGCCGUCAAGAGUCCUCCCCCCUCGCCCUCCAAAGCGGUCGUCAAUUUUGCUGAAACGGGUGUGCAGUUGCCCGUGGGAGUGACUAUUCUCCAAGGUGUAGGAAGUGCCGUGAUCGACGUGUCUAGUGGCGUGAGGGGUCCAGUCCCUGUGAUUUCUAUGCGCUCUCAUUGUCCGGGUAAUUUGACGAAAAUUAAACGUAUCCUCAACUUGUACAUUCUCAUGCCAUCAUACGGACGCUUGCACAAUAUUUAUACGGCCGAUCCCAAAGACUUCCAACUCAACCCAGUCGGUCGAGACCCCACUAAACCCAAAGGAUGGCACAUCGGCAACUGCCACUCGGAGAGCAAAACCGUCUCCUUCUACAUCACUGGUAGAGUCGUGAAAAGCGUGCUGUCAGUCAGCGACGAGACGAAAUCGAUUUCCAUUGUAACGAUUGAGAGGUUCUGGCCUCGAGUAGCUGCGUUCCUCGCCACCACGAUCAACGUAGACGUCUUGUGUGUCCCUGUCAAGGACGGCGGUGUUAGCCACUAA